AUGGACGAUAAACUAAAUUUAACUUACAUAACUCUUGAUGGGUAUGUAGAGGUGGAGAAGUACAGAUAUGUAUAUUUUGUGAAUUUUACACUAUAUGUUCUAAUAGUUUGCUUUAAUGCUCUCAUUAUUUGUCUGAUUGUGAUUCAUCAAAGCCUUCAUGAGCCCAUGUAUAUUUUUAUUGCAGCUUUGCUGAUUAAUUCUAUUUUUUACAGCACAACUAUCUACCCAAAGCUUUUGCUUGAUGUUUUAUGAAAACAGAUCAUAUCAUACACAAUGUGUCACGUUCAGUUAUUUUUAUUUUACACUUCAGGGGGGUCACAAUUUUUACUGUUGGCAGCCAUGGCCUAUGACAGAUAUGUGUCUAUAUGCAAACCUUUGCAAUAUCCAGCUAUCAUGAGAAAAACUACAGUUUGUGUGUUCUUGGUCUUAUCUUGGAUUGUGCCUGCUUGUCAGGUUGCAGGAUCAUCAGUACUAAGUGCUACUACAAGAGUGUGUAACUUUACUCUGCAAGGAAUAUUUUGCAAUAAUUCAGUUUACAAACUUCAUUGUGUGAGUUCAAGAGUUCUGUCUGUUUAUGGUGUGAUUAUUUUGCUCAAUGUUGCAUUUUUUCCUAUGCUCUACAUAGUUUUCACUUACACAAAGAUUCUUAUAAUAUCCUAUCAAAGGUGUGGAAGACUCAGAAAAAAAGCUGCACAGACCUGUUUCCCUCACCUGCUGGUUUUACUCAACUAUUCAUUGUUCUGUACAUAUGAUAUUCUUGUAGUUCGACUGGAAUCUGAUAUUUCAAAGACUGUACGUUCAAUACUGACUUUACAAGUCGUUUUGUAUACUCCACUAUUUAAUCCAAUCAUAUAUGGACUAAAAAUGAAAGAAAUUUCAAAACAACUCAAGAGGUUGUUCUGCCAAGUAAAGUGA